AUGACAGAGAUAGACUGUGGUUCGCCCGGUAUAAUACAUAACGGAUAUCUGGAAGUGCGGCGAACAAUACUGGGUUCGACCGUAUUUUUCAAGUGUUUCGAUGGUAUGACCUUUUCGGGUGAUAGUAACUCUACCACGUGUUUGGACACCGGGAACUGGUCUAACCCUUUGCCCAAUUGCUACGGGCCGUGUUUGGUGCCGGAGGUGGAGAACGGACGCGUCAAUCUGUUUCCCGUCAAUCAGAUGGUAUCGCACGGGCAGGUCAUCAAAGUUGACUGUAAGCCACAGUACGAGCUUCACUACAACACCACCGAAGCCAUCUGUAACAACAGCUCCUGGACUCAUGUGCCUCAUUGUGUUCCCGCCCGGUGUAAAGUAAUGCCAGAGAAGCCUAAAAACGGUUUGGUAAUCGCGCCGAAGACCGACCACGGGAUGAAAGCCUUAUACCGGUGUAGGGAUGGCUUCAUAAUCGAGGGCCCGAACCUCACGGAAUGCCAUUUCGGCAAAUGGACAGGACUUACGCCCAAAUGUGUCGAAGGUAUA